UCUGAUAUUUUAAUACGGGAAUGCGCACAAUGUGCAUAGAGUAAUAGUUUUCUAUUCGUGACUGUAUUCGGUUAUUGAUGUGGUUAGGUUUUUGCAUAUGGUAAUGUGGUAUCUACUACACUUUUUAUCACAGUGUUUACACACACAAGCUCUGAUAUUUUCGAUGGCUGUACGGCAGGCAUGGAACGGAGGCCAAACGGGCCAUACGUUAGCGAAAGAUCAGUUUUAUUGUUAUCAUGUAACACCCAGUCGUUGAAGAUAUGGCAGUGCAAUAGGUGUGACCAGUAAUGACGAAUAUUAUCCCAUAUGAUAUAAUGGAGUGUACAUACGCAAAAUAAAUCAUCCUUAAACUCUCCUGAGUCAUGACUGCAGACAGGAUUCUUACAGAGUAACUAGCCGCACUCAUGAUCUUUCCAUGAUAAGAAUAUAGAUAAUGGAUAUUAGUAUGACGUUUAAUGCUCUAACGUCAUGAAGCGGAGAAGUUUGUAAUUGCCAGCAGACGAAACAACCUAAUGCAAGCACAGUAUGGAUGUGAUUGGCAUGGGGCCACUCCACCCAGAACUUCUCAUAAAGGAAGAGAAAAUGUUUGUCAUUUCUGGCGUGAUGGAAGAAACCGAGUUCUUUGGCAGGACCAAGGGUCAGGAGCUGGCUUCUGUGCCAGGAGGUUCCAUAAAGGUUGAACCAAAAGAAGAAAUUCCAGAGGUUAAGGAUGAAGUAAAAAGUGAAAUAACUGUAGAGGAUCAAGCAGUGGAUUGUCAGGAUAUGUUUGGCCCCUGCUUCCAGAAGCUAGUGAAACAAGAAGAAGAAGAAGAGACAGACACAACUUCAGAAGACCGUGAACUGCCUUCACCAUCACAAACUGUCAAUCCAUUUCUUGGAAAUGCACAGGAAUGUGGUUUAUACUUCUAUAACGAGUGUGCUGGUUGUUUUAAAUCAACUGUCAGUAUGAGGAAUGAAUGUUCAGAUCAUGCAGGAUCAUGUUAUGAGCUGUGUGUGAAUAAUACCAAGGAGUCCAGCUGUGACCAGGUACAAAUGAACAUCCCUGUAGAGGAAUUUGAACCCAAAGUCGACACAUUCAUUUCUGAUUUUAGUCCAUCUGUACAAAGUUACAGAGAUAAACCAUUGAAAAUGGACCCCAUAGUGAAACUCCCAAGGUUGGAGUUGUCUGCAUUUGAUAUGAAACACAUGGACAGAUCAGAAAUGGGGACUGACACUGGUAGGCUGCAGCUUGGUAACUUCUGUAUCAAUACGGACACCGUAAGUGACUCGAAAAUAGCUACGGUUUCUGAAUUCCCUACACUACAGGAUGUAAUUGUACAUGCAAGUUGUCAUAAUUCUGUAAAUGACUCAGGAAGUAUGGCAAACAGUUUUAGCCAACACAAGAAUGAACAUAACAUGCAGAGGGCUAUAAAUUAUGAUCAGGUAGAGACAUUAUCUAAGGGCUUGCUUCUGAAACAGCAGUUAGAGCAUCAUGCAAGUGGAUCCAGUUCUACAAAGAUUCCAAAACAUGAAACAGUCAGUCACAAGUCACAGAAUAGUAAACAUAAUAAAAUCGAAACUAUGGAAAGUACAUUAAAACCUACUAGGAGGUUGUCUUCGAAUUAUAAGUUAACAAAAUGUUUGUGUGAUUGUAGCACAUCACCCAGUGUGGAAGGAAAAACAGGUGAAAAUAGUAGUGUCACUAUUGGGAACACGGUGAAAGAGUCCAAGAGAUUAGCCUCAGUCUUUGAGCUGAAGCAGCAUUUGAGUGAAAACAGUUCUGCAAGCGUUGCUGAAGAUGAAGCAGAAGUUGCAAGACAACGAGAUAGCUGUGAGGCAGAACAGAAGAAAAUUACGGUUAUACCAAAAAUUAAUAUUAACAGCAUCCAGAAAAAAAUGCAGCAUUCAAGAGCCCACAUAGCUGAUACUCCAUACUACUGCAACAGAUGUAAAAAGCAGUAUGCUACAAGUCGUAACCUCCAGGAGCAUUACAUGUUCCACACUGGAGCACAACCAUUUGUGUGCAAUGUGUGUGCAAAAAUGUUUCCUACACUGAUACAACUCGUGAAGCAUUCUCACACACAUGUAAGAGGCCAAACUUACGAUUGUCAAUUAUGUGACAAGAAGUUCAGGUUCCUCGUCAGCCUCAAAAGACACAUCCUGUUCCACACUGGUGAGAGACCAUUUGAGUGUAUACUGUGCAAUAGAAAGUUCUUCACUUUGCUCCAUCUAAAAAACCACAUUCAUAUACACACUGGUGAGAAACCAUAUGUGUGCAGAUUGUGUUGGAAGGGAUUCUCAUCACCUUCAAGCCUGAGGAAGCAUCGUUUUCACCAUGCACGAAGACAGUCCUAUUUGUGCAAAUUUUGUAACAUUGAGUUUGGAAGGUACAAGCUAUUCAUGAGGCACGUCGAGACACACAAGAGUAGGAAGUAUGAAUGUAGUGAGUGUCACAAAGUGUUCUCAAGUCUCAUGCUGGUAAAGAAGCAUGCCAGAACUCAUUCAGCUGUUCAGCCAUAUGCAUGUACCCUCUGUAGCAGCUCAUUUUCAAGAUCAACUUCGCUCUUAAUGCAUUACCAGUGCCACAGGCGGUUUGAGCACCAUGGAUUGACUAACCUUCACACAGCAUGAAGAUGAGGCAGAAAGACUGAUGACAUGUCGUCAGUAAUGUAUAUCUGUGCGUCACUUCACUCCUAGUAAGAGCAAACUAUGAUUCUACCUUGAUGUAGCAUGUAGUGUGCUUUUGGACUUCGCAGAUAACUGCAACCCGUUUUACAAAUACAUGUUGAUCAAAGUUCAAAUGGGAACUGCUGACAUAUACUAUACAGCUACUGCUGAAUUAGGCACAUUUCUAGUGAGUUAUCUGUCCUCCAAUAGAUGUCAUGUAGUUACCAGAAAGCCUCACAAGCUGUUGUACAUGUUUGAAGGAUCAGACUGACUUUCAACAUAACUUGAUUUAUUUCCAGGCGAAACAUCCUUAACUAUGGGAUUUACAUGCCCAGCACUGAUUGUGUUAGGGCUCAUGCACUAAGUGCAGAUGAAGUCCUUUGGACCUACAACAGAUUGGUUAUAUCUCUAAAGGUUUUGAAUGUGGUUAAUUGUGUGACUAUUGUUUUGGACAUUGCAGGUUGUAUUUGAUAUGCACACCAUUUUGGACACUGGAUGCAGUUCCAUCUGUGUAAGGAGAUAAGAAUUUUACUCAGUUUGGUUCAAUGUUUGAGGUUAGUUUUUUGUAAGCAGUCAAACUGCGUAAGAUCCUUCUCUCCUUACACAGGUGGAAUUGGAUCCAUUGUCCAAAAUGGUGUAUCAUAUGUAUCCCAGACACUGGGACGGUGUCCAACGUAAUGUUUGCAUAAUUAGUACACAUUCUUAUUGUUGUUGGUAAAGUGGUUAUGAUGGGCAGGCCAUUUUACUUUUGUUCAUUGUUCAUUGUUCAUCUAUUUCAAAAUGGGUAUGCCAAGAAAUGUGUAUAGAAAUAGAUUAAGGAAUGACUGUAAUGAAAUCACUCGUACGACAAAGAGAAAGAUAUGAGGAUAAUAUUAAAUUGUAACUUCAUUGAAUAAUUUCUGAAGCUGUGAAGUGAAUGGGUCCAAUAAUGCAAUUUGAUGCCAAACUCUUGAGUUUUGUUGUCAGAGAGCUGGGUACAUCAUAUACAGAGUUGAACAUGUUAUUUUUACCUGUCAGUGAUGCAUACUCCUACACACAUUGCUGAAAAGUGGGCAUUAAUUCUGCUUCGUACUUAAGAGGUUCAGAGUUCAAAUCUCAGCACAGAAGUUGGCUAGCUUCCCCUGAGGUUUCUUGUAUGUAUUCUUUAUUUCAGUCCCUGAAGGGAAAUUCUGAAUAAACCUCAAUUAUGUCA